AUGUCUGCUUUGUUUGGAGCCAAGUUUCCGUAUCAACCAAGAAAUAACAGUCAAACCACAAAUACAAUUGCUCCCUUUGAGAAAAUUAGCCGAACGAUUGGUAACGUCGACAUGUUGAUCGAAUUCAACCCGAAUACUACCUACAAAUUGGAAAAGGCUAUCGAACCCAUUGUUGCAGAGAGACUUACAAAGCUUGGAAAGGUGAACGAAAUUUUCACCUUUGAAAUAUACGACCACCCAAGCAUCAUCAGCGAUUUCUCAGAUGCAGCCAGCUUAAAAGACGUUUUAAAUCUGAAGAAAUAUUGCAAGUUCACUCUUAAGCAUUGCAAGAUACUUAUGACUGAUGUAAUCGCCGGCAUCUCGGCUCUUCAUGAGGUUGGCUUGCAGAGAAAUAAAUUCUCUUUGGAAGAUGUUCUUCUGGUGUGGCAAAGAGACAUAUUCUACUUCCAGAUUGCUGGUAUCGAAAACUGCACAUGUAUCGACGGCGAGCCUACGAAUGAUCUAGAACUGAAAUCUUUUCGUGACAUUAUUCUUUAUGUCAAGAACGUACUAGAGAAUGAAGAAAGGUUCUGGGUUGAAAACCUAGAAAGGAGUCUAGACGGACGCGAGGCACUCGACAAGAUGGAAAAUGCGAGGAACAGUGUGCCAGGCUAA